AUCUGCAAUUUUCUCAGCGGCAUGAAAAUUCGACACUAACUAUCAAAGCAACACAUGAUGAACCUUAGUUCAUUUCAGUUAAAAUGGAGAUAACUACUGCCAAAUUAUCAGAAUUACCUCUCAACACUUCACUUCCUUUGCCAUCUCGCUCCUCCACCCUCAACUUCUUCUCCUCCCCCUCCAGAUUGUCAUUUCGAGUUCUCGGGCCGUUCUCUUCCCUCCGAACUACUGAGCACAGCGGCGACAGCUAUUCUUAUCCCUGGGAUAACGAAGGCCCGAAACCCUCCCCAAAAUCUAACUCCCACUCUGCCCCUUGGCUCAACAAAAGCUCCUUUACAAACUCUUCAACCCAUUUACGUGACCGAAAAGCCGACAGAAGGGUUUCUGAAUCCGAAUUGGAUGCUGAUGGCCCUAUAAAUGAAGCUGAGCCUUGGUAUUUUGAUCAAGAUAAAGGAAAAAAUGCGAUUGAGAGAAUAGUUCAUCGGUUGCGGAACUUAGGGUUGGGAUUAGAUGAUGAGGCGGAGGAAGAAGAGGGAAAUGAAGUGGAAGCCAGUGAUGCAAUGCCCGCGACUGGAAAGGAGAGACUGGGUGAUUUGUUGAGGCGAGAGUGGGUUCGGCCAGAUAGUAUGUUGAUUGAAGAUGCAGGCGAUGAGAUGGUUUUACCAUGGGAUAGAGAUGAGAAAGAUGAAGUCGAGGAGAGCGAGCGGCGAUUGAAGAAAAGGAAGGUAAAGCCGCCAACUAUGGCGGAACUGACACUUGAGGAGCAGGAGUUGAGGAGGUUGAGGAGAGUAGGAAUGGAAGUUAGAGAUAGGAUUAGUGUGCCUAAAGCUGGGCUUACGCAGGCCGUGCUGGGGAAAAUUCAUGAUAAGUGGAAGAAGGAGGAGGUGGUGAGGCUUAAAUUUCAUGAGGUUCUUGCACGGGAUAUGAAGACGGCUCAUGCGAUAGUUGAGCGUCGAACUAAAGGAUUGGUGAUAUGGAGGUCUGGAAGUCUUAUGAUGGUAUACCGUGGUUGUAAUUAUGAAGAGCCCACAUCUAGGUGCCAAUACAAUGAAAGUGAAGGUGACGGCCUUUUUGCACCAGAUGUGUCUCCUAGCAAUUUAUUAAAAGCAGAUGAUGGCAAUGCAACCUCGUGGCUGGAAAAGAGUAACCUAGUUGUAACGAAUCAAGUAUGGCCUGAAAACAUGACAGCAGAGGAGGCGGAAUACAAUCACCUGAUUGAUGGUUUGGGUCCGCGUUUUGUUGAGUGGUGGGGCACAGGAAUACUCCCUGUUGAUGCUGAUUUACUUCCUCCUACGGUUCCUGGUUAUAAAACACCUUUUAGGCUUCUUCCUGCUGGAAUGCGUCCUCGACUAACCAAUGCAGGGCUCACUAAUUUACGGAAACUUGCCAAAUCACUCCCUUGUCAUUUUGCAUUAGGGCGAAAUCGAAAUCUUCAAGGUCUGGCAUGUGCUAUUCUUAAACUUUGGGAGAAAAGCUUAGUGGUGAAGAUUGCUGUCAAACGUGGGAUCCAGAAUACAAACAAUAAGCUUAUGGCGGACGAGCUCAAGAAUUUAACAGGAGGAAUGUUGCUGCUAAGGAAUAAAUAUUACAUCGUACUAUAUCGUGGGAAGGACUUUGUUCCAACAAGCGUGGCUGCAGUUUUGGCUGAAAGACAGAAAUUGGUUAAUCAGGUGCAGGAUGUUGAGGCGAAGGUGAGGUGUAAAUCUGUUGAUGAAAUUCCAUCAGGGGAAGAUGCAGCAAUAACAAAAGCUGGAUCAUUGGCUGAGUUCUACGAGGCUCAGGCACGUUGGGGAAGGGAUGUAUCUGCUGAAGAACAUGAGAAGAUGAUGGAAGAAGCAGCCAAAGCCAAGAAUAUAAAGCUUGUCAAAAAAAUGGAACACAAACUAGCCGUUGCACAGGCCAAAAAACUUAGAGCAGAAAGGUUAUUAGCUAAAAUAGAAGCGUCCAUGGUUCCAGCUGGUCCUGAUUAUGACCAGGAAACAAUCACAGAUGAAGAACGUGUGAUGUUUCGCAGGGUUGGUUUAAGAAUGAAGCCAUACUUGCCGCUUGGCAUACGUGGUGUUUUUGAUGGUGUCAUUGAGAAUAUGCAUUUGCAUUGGAAGCAUCGAGAACUAGUAAAAUUGAUAACGAAACAGAAGACCCUUGCUUUUGUCGAAGACACAGCAAGGUUACUGGAAUAUGAGAGUGGAGGAAUACUUGUGGCCAUAGAAAGAGUUCAUAAAGGAUUUACUCUUAUAUACUAUCGAGGAAAAAAUUAUAGACGGCCAGUUGCUUUGAGGCCUAGAAAUCUUCUAACCAAGGCAAAGGCAUUGAAGCGUUCGGUAGCCAUGCAACGCCAUGAGGCUCUCAGUCAGCAUAUAACUGAAUUGGAGAAAACUAUAGAACAGAUGAACAGAAAACUUGUUGUGUCUCAUGGUUUAGAGCUUGAUCAGAUCUCAGACUUCACCCUUAGUGAGCAUGAAGAUUCUGAUGGCUAUGAUAAUGUUGGGGGUUUUGAUAAGGAAGAUACUAUUUGAGAGGAUGAUGAAAAUUCUGAAUAUCCAAGCUUCAAACUUAUGAAGGCAGUUUAACACAUUUGCACUAAAAUUUUGAUUUCUUCUGUGGACUGCACCUUUGAUUGCCUGCUACAUAUUAGCAAACUCUUCUGAUAGGGUGAUCAAUGUGAGUUUUGUUUGCUGCUAUGCUUGUCAAGCCAAGAUAUGAUAUCAUCAAGCACGCUGGAUAUAGUCUCAUCAGGUUCACCUUCAAGUAGAUCAUGGUAAGCAUUCUUGUAGAGGCGGAACUUCUUGUCCUGAACUCUGGCUUUUUCAUAUAAGGCCUUGCUAGCUGACGGAUCAGUUAUCAUGUCAGACUCUCCAUGCAUGAUCAACAAUGGCAGAGAGACCUAGCAAUAAGAAUUAUUUAAGUUCCACUAGAAACAUGAACAAAGAAGCUACUAAUGAUAUCCUGUCCCACGCCGGAUGCACAAACUGAACAGAUUUUUGUUUCUUUGGUUUGGCCCCUGGGGAGGGGGACUUGUUCUGUUCGUAUCCUUUCAGAAUCCUUAGUUGUCUUUUAAUAUCUGACGAAUUGUAUGUUCAUAUCGAGGAAGAAAGACAAUUAAAAAUUGUUAAGAAGGAAUUAGAUGGGGAAGUUUACCUCUUCCAAUCGUUGUUCUA